CAACAGAUUCUCAACAUCACAAAAUCACAAAUCCAGAAAAAUUUAAAAAAAAUCCUAAAAAAUCAACAACUUGAAGCUAAUGAAGAAUGAAUUUUGGGCAAUAACUCCCACCACUCUCGCCAUAAAUGUCUACCAGUCCCAAGCAACCAUUUUCUCUCUCCUCUUCUGCAAAUAUCAUUAGAAGCUUCUAUUUCUACAACCAGAUUUGUGUCUAGAAUAUUCAUCACCAGCUCAAUCCAUCUCCAGAUUUGGUAAAAUCUUAAUAAACAAGAGCUUUUUCCUAAUUUUCUCGUUUUUAUUUCCUUAAAAAAUCGAUAUAUUUUUUACAAGCCAUAGUGACCUGUAAAGAUGACUGUAGGUCGGCCCGGCCCGAAGCCCGGCCCACCCCGACACAAGCACGAAAAAAGCACGGCCGGAUAAGGCGGCAAGGGCACGAAGUCGUGGGCCGGGCCGAGCCUGAGCCUUUCUUUUUGGAAAAAACACGGGUAGAACGACUCGACACGGCACGUUAAAUUAGUAAAAUUAGCCUUAGGGACAACGGCCCAGGCCGGCACGAAAAUCCAUAGACUUGGACCGUGUUUUGAACUUUUCGACCCGACACGAUACAAUGUAGGCCCGACAUGAACCCGUUCCGGUUAGGCACUCGGCCCGAAGCCCGGUCCGACCCACGGCCAUCUUUACUCUUAUUAGCGAGUAUGGCUGUUGUGUGACUCAAGUAAACACGCCAUUAGUAUUAAUUAUUGAAGUGAGAUGAGACACAAGUACAACACAAGUCGCAGAAGAACAACACUCAAAAUCACACGCCAAACACGCGCCAGCGUAUGUCACAUAAAAUCUUACCCCCCUUUCUCACGUUCCCUUUAUUUAAUUAAAAUUCCAACGACUAAUAAAUCGCCACAUAUAAUCCCCCCCUAAAUAAUUGCCACAAAAUCCAAAAAACCUCAGAAAUCUCAUUCAUUCAUCAAUUCAUUACAUUUCUCUGUACUCCAGAUUAACCCUUGUCCUUUCUGCACUCACUUCUAAGUUUUAAUUUUCUCUCUUUAUCAUCAUCAACAACAUUUACAGAGUACAUACUAUAUACUAUAUGAUCUGCUAUUUUUGUUGACAAAUCGAUUGUAAUCAAGAUCGAAUUCAUCAUCAAUGGCGAAAACAGAGUCGGAGUUUAAGAAAGGGAUGAGAGAAAUACGGCCGUUAAUGACGUUAUUGUUGCCGUUAUGUAUACACUGGAUAGCAGAAGAAAUGACGGUGUCUGUUUUGGUUGACGUUACUACUCGUGCUCUUUGCCCUCAACAAACUACAUGUUCUGAAGCAAUUUAUCUCAACGGCCUUCAACAAACUGUUGUUGGAAUUUUUAAGAUGGUGAUACUUCCACUCUUGGGACAGCUUGCUGAUGAGUAUGGAAGGAAGCCUCUGCUCCUUAUUACUGUAUCAACCACAAUUAUCCCCUUCACCUUACUUGCCAUUGACCAGUCCAGAGAAUUUGUAUAUACUUAUUAUUUUCUUCGAACAAUCUCCUACAUUAUAAGCCAAGGGAGUAUCUUCUGCAUUGCUGUUGCCUACGCUGCAGAUGUGAUUGAGGAUUCCAAAAGAGCUGCAGCAUUUAGCUGGAUCACCGGUCUAUUUUCAGCAUCACAUGUACUAGGAAAUGUUCUGGCUCGAUUUCUCCCAGAAAAAUACAUUUUUGAGGUAUCAAUUGCUCUUUUGAUCUUUUGCCCUGUUUACAUGCAAUUCUUUUUACCGGAGACUGUCAAGCAAAGACAAAGACAGGAGCCACAGUCAUCACUAUUAUCCAAGUUUCUGACUUUUCCAAAACAACGAUACAGUUCUAUGAAAUAUGCUGCAAGUGUAGUUGUUAGCAGUCCAACACUGCGUGGGAUUUCUCUGGUCUCCUUCUUCUACGAGUUGGGAAUGUCCGGCAUUAGCGGUGUCUUAUUGUACUACCUGAAGGCAGCUUUUGGUUUUAAUAAAAACCAGUUUUCUGAGAUAUUGAUGGUUGUUGGAGCUGGUUCAAUUGUUUCUCAGAUAUUGGUGCUUCCUCUUAUCAAUCCAUUGGUUGGAGAAAAAGUGAUACUAUGCGCGGCAUUACUUGCAUCAACAGCUUAUGCAUUGUUCUAUGGUUUUGCUUGGGCUACUUGGGUGCCAUACUUGAGUGCUUCAUUCGGAGUUAUAUAUGUGCUUGUGAAACCUUCUACUUAUGCUAUUAUUUCAAAAGGGUCAAGUUCUAAUGAUCAGGGUAAAGCACAAGGGUUUAUUGCAGGUGUUCAAUCUAUUGCAAGUUUGUUAUCACCACUAGUUAUGAGCCCAUUAACCUCAUGGUUCUUGUCUGAAGAUGCUCCAUUUGAUUGCAAAGGUUUUAGUAUCGUUUGUUCAUCACUAUUCAUGAUGGUUGCUCUGAUGAUUGCCUUGGGAUCCAAAUUUGAGUCUAAAAAAGACGACAACUUAGAUAACAUUGAGUCGCCGCUUCUAUCAUGAUUCAUGAGACUCUCUUUUUCUUAGUUUUAGGAAUCUCUCUAUCUUAUACAUCAAAUACAUGUAUAAUUAAUGUUCAAAGUUUUAAGUUUUUCUUCUGAUAGUGUAAAUAUAUGCAUUGAGUUUUCAAUGCUAUUUCAUUGUAUUAGGGAUUUAGGGUGUAAAUUAGUCUAAUACUAUGUACUAUGUAAGGUAAGAAAGUUAACAAGUUAGAGUAUUGUGUAAUUUAGUAUUCAUGUCAUCAACUGAUGAUGUGGCAGAAUUAGUUGUAUCAAACUGUUGGUUAGUGUUACUGUAUUAGAUAGUUGUCGAAAUAGUAAUUCUUUGUUAGAAUAAA